AUGGGACCGUCCGGUUCGGGAAAGACUACUCUAUUAAAAUGUUUGAGUAAACAAAAUAAAAAGACUUUAAAUAAUGAAAGUAAAAUAUAUAUGAAAAGUGGAAAAUAUAAAACAUGUUUUAUAGUACAAGAUAUUAGUGAACACAUCCUAUCGUCACUGACUGUCAGACAAACACUAUUAUAUGCAUCAAAACUGAAGAACUCAUUAAUAAAGGAAACAUUGGAUCAUAACUUAAUAGUCGAUUCAUUGAUGACUGAACUGGGAAUCGAUGACAUCAGACAUAACAGUGUCGACACUUGUAGUGGAGGACAACAGAAACGUAUUGUUAUUGCUUGUGAACUGACAUCUCAUAUAAAACCAGAUCUCAUGUUGAUUGACGAACCGACCUCUGGAUUAGAUAGUAGUGCUGCACAAGUGAUUAUAUCACAUAUGAAACAAUUAUGUCAUAAACAUCAGAUAACUAUCAUUACAUCCAUUCAUCAGCCAAACUACGAGUUGUUUAAUAUGUUUGACAACAUAUAUGUAUUAGGAAAAUGUGGACACGACUUAUAUUUGGGUCAACCACAACAUCUUAAACAAUAUUUGACAGAUUUGAAUAUAUCAUACGAUGACAAUCAGUUACCACAUGAAGUGCUACUCAAAAUUGCAUCCGAUGUCAAUCAUAAUGAUUUUAAAACACUUCAAUUUUAUUUUGUCCGUCAUUUAUAUUCUGUGUUAAUUCUCGAGAUAUUUGCAUACAUACUGUUUUCAGUGAUAAUUAAACUUAACUUUAAACAAGAGAUUACAGAACCCGAUGGUUGUCGGGAUCCCAGUGCUCCCAUUGACAGUUGUAAUAUAUACUUUAAUAAUAGUAGCCGAUAG